UCCAAUGGCAACUUUCCAUCCCCACACCCUUCUCCAAAUUAUCAAACAAUGGCAGCCACAGCCUCCUCUUACCGUUCUCCCUUCCUACCUUCUUCACUCAAUCUCCACCACCACCACCACCACCACCACCACCAACCUCUGCAGCUAGUAACGAGGGCAAUUUCGACUACGAACAAGGGAUCGACACGAACAAAAUACCGAAAACGAGCCAUUAAAUGUGGUCGAGAGUUUUCAGAUUUUGUGGGAGGGGAUCUCGUAAAGCUUGAUCUCGGAAAAUGGCUAUCGGAUGUCGAAGAACACAAAGCCAUUGCGAUCUAUUCUCCUCAUGAAGGAGGUUACGAGGGCCGUUAUCUUAACCGGCUUAGGUACCAAGGCUACCGGUUCUUGGAUCUAUCGGCUCGUGGUCUAGGCGACCCAGAGACCACAUUAACCAAGAUUCAUCCAGUUUGUCCCGCGCAUAUCGGAAAACAGCCAAUAGCACGAUGGUAUUUUCCACCGGAGGUUGAUUAUCGGCUAUCUUUGCUUCCUCCAGAUGCCAAAGGUCUGGUGGUCUGGGUCUUAGAAGCCAAGGUUCUCUCCAAGGCAGAACUGCAGUUUCUCGCGCUCCUCCCCACACUCCGGCCCAAAGUUAGGGUGAUCGCGGAAUGUGGCAACUGGAGAAAAUUCGUUUGGACGCCACUCAAAGACAUUGCAGGAUUAGCAGCAAAUGAAGCUACAUGAUCCAACUUUUUGCUCACAAUCAAGACGAACACCAAAUGUAUAUUUGCCAAAAGUUUUAUGAACACCAAGGUCGUUUAUAUUGACAAUGAUUCGUUUUUUAUGCAUGUAAAUCUAGCAUUAUAUCUAAUGCCUAUAAUCAUACAAAAAGGGAGAUACGAGUAUGCUAUAACCCCUUUAUAUA